AUGCGGAAUUUCAUCUGGUCUCUGCUAGGCUUGGCCAUCGUGCCUCGCGCCUUGGCAGGGGACACUCUAUCUACGAAUGGAUUUAACCUGUGCAUGACCGACUCGGCAAUCAACAUCCAGAAGAUGGAUGUUACCUACACUCGUUCCAGUGGAGUAAUUAUCUUCGACGUGGCUGGUACCAACGCGAAGGAACAGAAGGUGCGGGCUGCUAUCACCGUCACUGCUUAUGGAAACGAACUUUACAGCAAAGAAUUCGAUCCCUGCGGUGAUGACAUCCAUGUUGAUGAGCUCUGCCCCGUUCCUAAGGGAACUUUCAAGGCCAGUGGAUCGAUGGAAAUCCCCGCCGAAUAUGCUAGCCAGAUUCCUGGAAUCGCAUUCACUAUGCCCGACCUGGAUGGUCAGGCAAAGCUUAUCCUCAAGUCCAAGGAAGAUCAGAAUAAUUUGGCAUGCAUUGAGUCCGAGCUUUCUAACGGCCACUCCGCCAAAGUUGAAGCGGUUCAAUAUGUCUCAGCUGGUAUUGCGGCAGGCGCUUUGGCGCUGAGCGGUCUUUCUGCCGCCGGUUCGGCGGGAACCGUUGGAACACCUUCAUCCAGCCCCGGCUUUGGCGAUGUAAUGGGCUGGUUCCAUAGCAUGGCUACCAAUGGCAUGCUCAGUGUCGCCUACCCCCCUGUCUAUCGCAGUUUCUCCUCUAACUUCAUGUGGAGUACCGGGUUGAUCCCCUGGGCUGGCAUGCAACACUCCAUCGACAAUUUCCGGGCAGCCACUGGUGGUAACUUGACCACCGAGAGCUAUGACGCCUUGAGAAAUGCCUCGAUGUCGCGCAGCAGCUCAUCUAGCGACAUGUCGAAACGGAGUUGGGAUUACACCAUCGAAUUUGGCGAGAUGGUCACUCGUUCAGUUGACACGUCUGACGUUGAUACAUCCAGCGAUGCUAGUGUUUCAGACAGCUCUAGCAAAGAGGAAAGCGACGAUGACGACAGCAACAGCAAUGAUUUGAUCACCAAGGCGAAGGAUAUCACCCAAGAUCUCAUGGUUCCCUCUGCUAAUGUCUUCAUGACUGUUCUCUUGAUCUUUGCUAUUGUUAUCGCAGUUGUUGUCGUUGGUAUCCUCCUAUUGAAGGUCAUCCUGGAACUGUGGGCCCUAUACGGAAAUUUCCCAGCCAAGCUGACCGAUUUCCGGAAAGAUUACUGGGGCCUGAUGGCGCGGACAAUCACGAACAUGAUCCUCGUGCUCUACAGCAUUUGGGUGCUCUACUGUGUCUAUCAGCUAAAGAAGGGUGACUCGUGGGCAGCAAAACUGCUUGCUGCAAUUACCCUCUCCCUCUUCACGGCCGUUCUUCUGUUCUUUGCCAUUCGCAUUGUCUACAUGGCCCGCAAGUACAAGAAGACGGAGGGAGAUACCACCGGUCUGUACGAGAAUAGAGAAACCUGGAAAAAGUACAGCCUGUUCUACGAUAACUACAAGAAGGACUUCUGGUGGAUCUUCAUCCCCGUCAUUGUGUAUGCUUUGGUCAAGGGCUGCAUUAUCGCCGGAGGUGAGGGCCACGGCCUCUUCCAAAGUGCCGGUCAGCUAGCCUGCGAGAUUCUUCUCCUGGGACUCCUGCUAUGGAGCCGCCCAUAUGCCACCAAGGCUUCGAUGGGAAUCAAUAUUGCCGUUCAGGUCGUUCGCGUUUUGUCCAUUGCUUGCGUUCUGGUUUUCGUCGAAGAACUCGGCCUCUCCCAAACAACAAAGACCGUCACCGGAAUUGUACUCAUUGUUGUGCAAUCAACUCUCACCGCCGUUCUCGCUAUCCUCAUUGCAGUCAAUGCAAUCAUCAACUGCUGCCGGGAGAACCCCCACGAGAAGCGCAGAAGAGAAGCUGAAAAAGCAAACCGCGACAUCGAUGACCUGACUCCUUUGGAUGCCCGAGACUCCCUUCUCAUGGACCACCCACAACGCAAGGAGUACUCCGAGAUGAGCAACUUUAACUUCACGGGUCCCUAUGAAUCAUACCGGGACCAGCCCAAGCGACCCGGCUCAUCAGGCAGUAACGAGGGCCGCAGUCUUGUUCGCAACGAUUACGGCGUGGCACACGGACGCAGCAACAGUCCCGAUAGCCAGCGUUCGCGAAGCUCCAUGGAUGGCCGUCAUCCUACAGCGCCAGGCUACGGGAUGGCAUAUUAA